UCGCCGUAUUCAUUCUUUCUGUGUCGAAUGUUGAGUUUUACGUACACGUUUUUAAGAAUCGGUGAACUACGUUUUUUAUUCCCCAUUUCUUUUAAUGUUAAGUUAAUUAAUAAUUAAAAAUGGGGAAAAUAAUGAAAAGUGGUAAAGUCGUGUUGGUGUUGAGUGGCCGAUACGCUGGCCGUAAGGGAAUCAUCAUGAGAACUUACGACGACGGAACAUCCGACAAGCAGUACGGCCACGCUUUGGUCGCAGGAAUCGAUCGUUACCCUCGUAAAGUUACGAAAAGAAUGGGUAAAUCGCAAUUGAAGAAGAGAUCGAAGAUCAAGCCGUUCCUGAAAGUUUUGAACUAUAAUCAUCUGAUGCCCACCCGAUACUCCGUUCCGGACGUGACCAAUGAUAAACUGACCGUGAAAGAUUUAAAAGAUCCGAUGAAAAGGAAGAAAUACCGUUUCCAAGUUCGUGUCAAAUUCGAAGAAAGAUACAAGUCCGGUAAAAAUAAGUGGUUCUUCUCGAAAUUAAGAUUCUAAGAUGUAUCUUACCACCAAUAAAAUGUUAUAUUUUGUAA